AUGAUAUCUGUCAAACAGAAUGUUAACAAUGUUGCUAUGGUGAGUCAGGAUAUGGAUGAUGGAAAUGGAGUAGGACAGGUUGCACUUUCUGUCAGUGCUCAUUUUUCUUCUGUGGGGACUGCAACUUUGUUGGGCUCUGCUGUCAAAGAUAAUGUGUUACUGAAGACUUGGCAACCUUUGGUUAUAGCUGAAAGUGUUGUUCCACCAAUAUUUUGGGCUCACAUUACUGCAAGCCCUAACACUUCCCGCGGUCUUGCGCGCGCAAUAGCAGCCCUUGCCGAGCGCCAACAGGCGACCAUUGAGACCCCAACAACUACAGCAGCAACCGAGAAGCGAAGGAUUACUACCCUGCAAAGAGGCCAUUGUGGUGUCUCCUGGCCUCUGACUAGAGUUUGCAUGUGCAAGACUAAAUGCAUUUUUAUCCCGGCCGAGCAGUCUUGA